AUGGCUAACAAUACCGACCUAGCUACUGCUAUUCGCCUCUUGGCGGAGAAAUUGACUCAGGAGAGAGCUGAGCGUCCUGAGACUGCUGGGGAAAUAUUUGAAAGACUAGCGAAAGUUAAGCCACCCUACUAUCAGGGGCAAUCUGACCCAACCUUUUUAGAGAAUUGGAUUAGGGAAUUCGAGAAACUGUUUGAGGUUGUUAACUGCCCUGGUAAUAUGAGAGUAGGUAAAGUUGUGUUGUAUCUGAAGGAUGAGACUGAUCUAUGGUGGAGGGAAAAUGGGGAUAGGCUGAGUGGUGGUGAAGGAUUCAAUUGGGAAGCAUUUGUGGUUGCCUUGAGAGGAAAGUUGUACCCUGCCUUUAUGAGGAAACAAAAAGCCCAAGAAUUCAUUAACCUUAGGAUGGGUAGUAUGACCAUCUCUGAGUACUACGGCAAAUUCAUAGCCCUGUCUAGAUAUGCACCUGAGGUUGUAGCCACUGAGAAGCUUAAGGCCCAGAGGUUUGAGCAAGGUCUAACUGAUGAGAUUUAA